AUGUCGGCCUCGACCGAGUCGAGCGCUACUAAUGUAGACUCUCAUACUGAGGAUGCGCCCCGGGUUGAAGCGCUGUUUCUCAUCAAAUUCGACAAGAAAGUCGGCUACACAAUUGCUUGGAAGCGCACGACAUCACCAGAUAUUACCCUAGACAAUGCCGUUGAAUACAAAUCGCUACCCUCGGGUCUACACUCGGUCCAGAAUGACCUCGUUUACUUUACCCAUGACGGCUAUGCUGGGCUCAGCGCGUUCGCAAAGGGUGACGCGAGCGCAGAGGAUCGCAACGCCACCUUCGUUUCCGUCGGCAUACUAGUGAAGAAAGAAGGCAGAUUCGGAAGACUGGGGAGAAGUUGGCUGCUUGCCGGUCGUUUGGAGAAGUUGGCUGCGUCCCUGGCGGACGACCCGGAGGCCGUGACGCCCCUGGACGAGUUCUGGCAGGACCAGGUCUCGAGACAUGGCAAAGGAGAGACGUCGGAUGACGGCGAGGCAAAGGGCCACAACAGGGCGCGCGCCAUAUCGACCGUGAGCGCUGUGAUCAAAGACGAGGAGCGCCUCCCAGACUACCACCCAGCUCUGUCGAUCCAGCGCUUCCUGGAUAUAUUCGGGCCAUUGGUCUUCCGGCUGCAGCAGGCCGCCCUGUUGAGAAAACGCAUUCUCUUCGUUGGCGUCCCGCCGGUCAGGACUGCUUGCGAGUUCGCCUAUAACCUCUCUGUCCUCUCUAGUAUAUCGCCCCGCGACACCGAACGGCUCGCACCAGAAACCGAAAACCUCCUGCGCCUACCCUCCCUUUUCUCCGUUGGCGUACACGACAUCCCUCUUCUCGAAGACCUUUGCAACCCCAAACAUGGCGCACACACACCGGGUCUUGAGCCGUCAGAGGGUUGGGUUGCGUGCACGACUGACGAGAUCAUCGCCACAAAGACCCAGUUAUACGACAUUAUAGUCGAACUGCCACCCACAUACGAUGCGCCACCGCAAGAGCGACGCUGGCCACGGAUACGGACCAGCGAUGGCAGCCUGAUCAAGGCCAGCCAGCGGGACGUUGCGCGCUACAAACUACUGCAUAAGGAGCUCUUCAAACAGCGAAAUAGAUCGGAAACAUCGCCCGAGCCAUAUACCGACGAAGAAAACGACGACACAGCGCCCCUAUUGUCGCGUGACGAAGUUGACACGAAACGUGCCGACGACGACUUCAACGAAGCAUACGACGACACGAUGGUGGAGCCGACAACAUGGUCAAGGCUUGCAUACAUGGGCUAUAUGUGGUGGGCUUCAGCUGGCGAGAGAGAUGCAUACACGACCGCGGAGCGGGAGACGGAUCGAGAGCUGAUUGGCGACCUCUCCGCGUACUCGCAGUCGUUGGAGACAGCAAUAAUCGCCUACUUCCAUCGGCAAUCCUCCCUACUCAUACGGUCGCUAUCGCAGAUUAUCGAAGCUGAUACACACGGCGAGAGAGAAGAAGACGAUAAUGACAGCGGUGCAGUCAUUGUCGAUAGAGACGACCUGUCCCGGAUGGGACUAGACACAUGGUCAGAGGCCGACCGCGCCUUUGUGCAGGAGUUUGGCAGUCUAUACUUUGGGCAUACUGUUGGGGUCAAGGGUAGUGAGGUGGAAUGUUGCGGUCUGAGGGUCCCUAUCUUCUAG